GUUGACAAACUCGCGUGUCUGGAAAUGAAUUUCAUUAGGACUUCACUUUUAAUCGUUUUAUGCAUAGUUUUAAUCGGUGAGAGACAAAUAUUCGCCGCGAAAGUUAGCCGAAAUGCUACGGCAAAUAUUUCAAACCGAGCAAAAAUUAUCGGUGGUCGGAAAACAACAAUUGCUAAUAUGAAAUAUUUAGUAAAUCUACGGAAAGAUGGUAGAUUUGUAUGUGGAGGAGCACUUGUGAAACCACAAUUUGUGGUAUCGGCAGCACAUUGUGUGAAAGGCGUGGCAUUACGGCGAUUUACUGUACACGCCGGAAGUUCGUAUCUUGAUAGAGGUAGUGUGACAAGAAAAAUUAUUAAAGCUGCUAUACCAAAAUCGUUUACUAUGACAAGAAUGAGAAAUGAUGUGGCAGUUUUAAAAUUGGGCAGCCCAUUAACGGGCGAAAAUAUUGGAACAAUAAAUUUAUGUUCGGGCGGUGUAAAUGUUGGAAGAAGUGUUCAAGUGUCCGGUUGGGGUGUAACGAAAUCGGGUACUUCAAGGACAUCGAAUCAAGUAAAGACUGCAACUCUAAAAAUUAUAAGUAAAAGCAGAUGUACUAAGAGAUAUAGAAGACAAGCAGUAUUGUCAAAAUCUAUGAUGUGUGCACGUUGGAAAGGUAGAGAUACAUGUCAGGGUGAUUCUGGCGGCCCACUGGUUUAUAAUGGCGAACUAUGUGGCAUAACCUCUUGGGGUAUUGGCUGUGCAAAUCGAGCAUAUCCUGGUAUAUAUACAAACGUUAAUGUUGUACGAGGAUUUAUACAAAAGAAUAUGAAAUAA